AUGCCACCCGCGGCCGAUCCGCCUCGGUCGAAGCGACCUCGCGCUGCGCAGGCGUGCGACAGAUGCAGGUCCAAGAAGUACAAGUGCGAUGAGCUCUAUCCUUGCUCGCACUGCAAGAAAAGCAACCUAAAUUGUGUCUAUCAAGGGAACUAUCGCCAGCUGGAGAACAGCCGAUCUGCUAGCUACGUCCUGGACCUAGAGAGAAGAGUCGAAGAACUCGCGUCCAAACUUCAAGCUGCUGAAGCGAAACUCUCACACCGCAAUCAGGAAUCGACAACUUCAGCACCAGCUAUCGAUGCAACACCAUGCUCAAUGUCAAGGCCAACACCGCCGACGUCAAAUCUGAACUCGCGACAACCGGAAGAGCCGGAACUUUACUCGAAAGAUAAUGACUCCGAUGAAGCUGAAACUAGCGACCCCGUCGACGACGAAAUCACUGAGCUAAAUCACCACACCAAUGGCAUCGAGUUUCAUGGGAGCACAUCUUCCGUCGCAUUCCUCGGCCAUCUCCAGAAAGCACGAGACCCUCAGCUGGAACCCUCGAGCUCGGCGCAAUGGUCUAUUCGCGCUCGAGCCCCAGAAUACUCGAUUGUCUCAACGCUGCACAACGCCAGCUUCUCGCCAACGGCCACGACCGCAGCGUCAGCGUCACAAUCAUUAGCUGCUGUGCACGAACACAACUACUACUUUGAACAAGCGCAUGUUUUUAUGAGUGGGUACUUUGAGAACGUUCAUUUCAUCCACCCGUUCAUCGACAAGGAAGAUUUUUACAUCCGCGCGCACGAUCUCUGGAUGAGGCGGACUCCUACUCCUGAUCCGAGCUUUAUUGCACUUUAUCUAAGUGUACUGUCAUUUGGCGCGUUGUUGCGGGUUUGGGAUGAAGCGCAACUGGGUGGCUUGACCAGAUUCGAGUGGAGCCGGAAGCUGUUUGGCGAGGCGCAGCUUUAUCUGAAUCAUCUGCAUUUUCCGAACAAUCUUGAUGCGGUGCAAUGUUUGUAUCUUAUGGCCAAAAUAUGCCAAAACGAACUGAAUCCUAACUUGGCAUAUAUGUAUCUCGGCCUUGCCGUCCGUACCUGUCUAGCAGCAGGCUUCAAUCGUAACGUCCGACACACCAGCGACCCGCGUGCAGAAUGGAUCUCCCGAACUUGGUGGGGUCUCUACUCCCUCGAGAUAGAAAUGUCCUUCUCGCUCGGCCGUCCCGACACCCUCGGCCUAGACGAUUACCAUAACCGCCCCCUCCCACCACGAGACAAUACACAGUAUGCCAUCAUCCCGUGGAUGGUGGACUUUGCGCGCAUAACGCGCAAGGUCUCCGUGCAGAUUUAUCACCGACAACUAACGUUAGAGGAGAAAUUGGCCACUGCGUUGGCGAUUGAGAAUGAGCUGGACUGCUGGAUUCGAAAUUUGCCGGAAUGGAUUCGGCCAGGGUUCAUCAAGGCUGACUCUAGAGCUGGGAGUGGGACUGGAAUUAUGGCAGUUGAUAGAGGAGAAGGUGGGGAGGGCGCCGCAGGAUCAAGUGAGGACGGGACGAAGACUGGGAUAGCAAUUGGUGGUGCAGGGAGGAAUGAUCUAAAAGAUCCGAAGUGGGCACGGAGGCAGAGGCUUGUUCUAGGGAUCCGCUAUUACAACGUCAAAACCCUCCUUUUCCGUCCGUUCCUCCGCCACGCCACCUCAAAAUCCACAUCUAGACCUCGAUCCAGAUCUAGGUCGAAGACAGCGAACGGGGGCAAAACUCGCUCUGACACUGUAACAACUCCAGCAGCCACCGCCGCAAACUUGAACAAGAACGCAGGCGCACCAGACGGGGACAAUACUGAGACCCUUUUAUCUGCCACGAUCUCCAAAUGCCUCGACGCGGCGCAGAGCACUAUCUCCGUUAUCCAUGAUAUUUACCGUGUGCAUACAUUUUUCCGGUGCUGGUGGUACAACACAACCUACGUGACCUUCGCAACAUCCACCCUCCUUCUACCACUCUCGCACUCCGUCUCGCACCUGCACUCGCCAUCAACCUUACCCCCAGAUCAAAUAUUGAGAGACAUUGAUACCAAAUCCCUAACGCGCUCCGUCGAAAAAGCUAUAGAGAUUCUUGAAGCCACAGACGAGAGCGUCGUGACGCGGAAAUGUGCCGAGAUUAUACGGUACUAUUUGAGGGAGUUUCAGGUUCGGAAUGGAGAUGGCAUUUGGAGUGGGAAUGGGAACGAGACUCAGCGUCAACAUCAACAUCAGAAUCAGAAUCAACUUCCGCUUCAGCGUCAUAAACAACACCAUGGGUCACGGGGAAGGGAUGCGAACGGGGUAUUGCAGGCGGCGGACGCACAGACGGCAUGGUUUGGCAGCGGUAACGGUGGUGCUGGUCAAGUCGAAGCCCAUGUCCAUGCUCACACUCAUGGAUACGGCAAUGGCUUCGGAUAUGCCGGUGGUAAUGCUGGUGGGGAAUUUGAUGGCCCGGAAUGGGCAUACGGCUUUGGCUUCCCUGACUGUUCGUUCGAGGGAAUGGCUCGGUUCUUCGACGAUUUGGGCCCGCUACCGAUUCUAGAGGAGUGA